AUGAAACCUCUUAGCUUAGUACCAGAACGGCUCGACGAGUCAGAUCCAUCAGCGACGCCUACUCCGCCGCCAGAGCUUAACGACGAUCAUUCCGUGGCGGUUUGGGGUCUGCAGAUUGCCGGACAUAUCCGGCAGCUUCGGAACGCGGCUCGAGGCCUGAUGCCGAAGCUGUACAGGCUGUCGAGGCUCGUUGACCUGGGUCCUCAGGACUCUCCCAAACCGCAGGACCAGGUUUGGAAAUCUGGAAUCGUGCCGGAGUUUCCGAAGCUGUGCACGCACCUGUGGAGGAAGUUUCCGGAACACCCACGGAACCUGCAGCUUGAUAAGGUGGACCGAACUGCUCUCGAGGUGUUUGCCAGCUUCGGCUCGCAUUUCCAAGCCUCUCUGCAGCCCUGGUACGAGGUGCUGGUGGACCUGGCUCUAUUCAGGGAACACGCCCUUGUUCUGCUCAACGAUCUUGCCACCAGCAUUGUCACACUCUCUCCCAUGGUGAACCCUCUCGUGCUUCGCUCAUUCAUGGGCCUCUUCUCAGACUUCGUGCGAGUUAAUCUCCUCUCGUUGAGGGCAGGGAAGAAGAUGAUAGUGCAGGUGCAUGCACUGACAGUGCACUAUACCACCAACGGUCAAGUGCCAGAGUGCUACGACAGAGUGCUGCAGUACGUGCAGGCAAACGACACACCCAUGCUGGGCGUGCAGGAGAAUCUCAGGACGGUGGUGCUGCAGUACGUGCAGGCAUACGAUGCCCCCAUGCUGGGCCUGCAGGAGGAUCUCAAGCCUUGCGUGCAGGCAAACGACUCCCCCACGCUGGGCCUGCAGGAGGGUCUCAGGACGGUGCUGCAGUGCGUGCAGGCAUACGACGCCCUCAUGCUGGGCCUGCAGGAGGAGAGGAUGAUGCUGGUGCUGCAGUACGUGCAGGCAUACGAUGCCCCCAUGCUGGGCCUACAGGGAGACCAUUCUGUGAAUAUGCAUACGGAUAUGCUGGGCCUGCAGCCAUAUGAAAUCCGACUCAAAACGGAUAUGCUGGGCCUGCAGCCAUAUGAAAUCCGACUCAAAACGGAUAUGCUGGGCCUGCAGCCAUAUGAAAUCCGACUCAAAACGGAUAUGCUGGGCCUGCAGCCAUAUGAAAUCCGACUCAAAACGGAUAUGCUGGGCCUGCAGCCAUAUGAAAUCCGACUCAAAACGGAUAUGCUGGGCCUGCAGCCAUAUGAAAUCCGACUCAAAACGGAUCUGCUGGGCCUGCAGCCAUAUGAAAUCCGACUCAAAACGGAUAUGCUGGGCCUGCAGGAGGAUCUCCGGACUAUCGCUGUGUGUGAGUUCCUGCGCCAAACACCCACUCCACUCUACUUAUCCCCUCUCUUCUCUCCCCCCCCCCCCAGAGUGCUGCAGUACGUGCAGGCAUACGACACCCCCAUGCUGGGCCUAGAGGAGGAUCUCAUGACUGUUGCUCCCCGAAUCUCCAAGUGUACCACCUCCUCCUCCAUCUAUCCCCCACUCUCUCCCUUUCCCCAGGCUGUGGACACCGUUGCUCCUAUCAUUCUCGCAUGGGAAGACACUCAGAAGCUUCGCACAGACAUCUUUGUGAAGCCGUUCGCGUCGUGGCCCGACGUGGCAUCCACCCCUCCGCCCUGGGAUCUUAUGUGUGAGGAGCUGGUGAGCAUGGAGGCGUGCAGCGAGUGGGCGCCCUUCGCCCUCCUCACGUGCUCUGCAGCUAUGUGCGAGGAGCUGGUGAGCAUGGAGGCAUACAGCGAGUGGGCGACCUUCGCCCUGCUCACAUGCCCCGUGGAGAUUGUAAAAGGCACGCGUGACGCUGCUGCUCUUAUCCAGACUCUUCUCCACUCGCGUGCCAUCGUGCCUCUAUUCAGAGACGAGGCUCUCCUCCACACGAGGGCCAUCGUGCCUCUGUUCAGGGAUGAGGUGCUGUGUGUGCAUGCAGAGGUGCAGCAGUGGGCGGUGGGGCGCAUGGGGGAGGGGAAGAAGGCGGCCAAGGCAGCAGCAAGGCACAGAGCGCAGGGAGCAGAGGAGGAGUAUCAGCGAUUGAGGGAGUGCUGUAGACUGCUGGGGGACCCAGCAAAUGGAAGUGGUAUGCACGCUUGUCUGCAGCGAAUGGCAGACUCACACCGGAGGAGGAGGCGCUUCCUACUGGGCCACGAGGGCAGGCGCCUGCUGCUGAGGCUGUGUGAUCAAUCCCUAACCCCUAUGUUUCUCCCUCUCUCUUUCCCCCCUCUCCAACAGGGACCUAGUAAAGAUCUGGUAGGCUCUACCGGCAUGCAUGCCUGUCUGCAGCGAAUGGCAGAUUCGCACAGGAGGAGGCGCUUUCUGCUGGGCCACGAGGGCAGGCGCCUGCUGCUGAGGCUGGCGGAUGAGCCGUCACUGCUGCCGGCCAUGCUGCAGCUGGUUUUGGCGGUGCUGGCCCUGCUGCGAGCUGAGGUGCACUGGGCUAUACUGCACACCUCCUGCCUCGCCCAGUCCGCCCCUGUCACGGUAAACCAGAAACUAUUUUGCACUUUCUGGCGGUCUCUGCCACUCUCUCCUGCUGUCAUCUCGUCCGGCUGCUCUCUCCUGCUAUCGCCCUGCUGCGAGCUGAGUCGACUCAAAAGCAAUCCAGGGGUUCUCUUUCUCUCUGCUCUGCGCUGCCCUCUUCUUUUGAGUCGACUCAAAAGCAAUCCAGGGGUUCUCUUUCUCUUUGCUCUGCGCUGCCCUCUUCUUUUGAGUCGACUCAAAAGCAAUCCAGGGGUUCUCUUUCUCUCUGCUCUGCGCUGCCCUCUUCUUUUGAGUCGACUCAAAAGCAAUCCAGGGGUUCUCUUUCUCUCUGCUCUGCGCUGCCCUCUUGAGGCACCUAAAGAACGCCUCUCUCGCUCUCUCUUUGCUGCUGAAGUUGGCGGAGCAGAGGCGGACUCAGUGGCAGUGCUGAUCGACACCAUGUUCCGCCUCGUGUCCCUCAUCCAGACCCACAUGCUCGCCAUCCAGGCGCAUGCAUCGUGGCAGGUGCAGUGGGGAGCGAGGCGGGUGAGAGAGCUGAUCGCGCUGCCAGCUGUGCGCCAGCUGGCGAUGAGCGCCCAGCUGGAGGCCUUCUUCUGUGACACGUCAGCGUCCUUGCUGGCAGCCGCCCGGUUCCUCUGCGAUGCUGACGUGGCAUGUGCUGGCGGCGGUGGCAGUGGGGGAGGGAGCAGCAUGGAGUAUGAAGAACGGAUGCAGAUGCACGCUCUGGCAUGCGAUGCGACCAGGUGGCAUGCGAUGCGACCAGGUGGCAUGCGAUGCGACCAGGUGGCAUGCGAUGCGACCAGGUGGCAUGCGAUGCGACCAGGUGGCAUGCGAUGCGACCAGGUGGCAUGCGAUGCGACCAGGUGGCAUGCGAUGCGACCAGGUGGCAUGCGAUGCGACCAGGUGGCAUGCGAUGCGACCAGGUGGCAUGCGAUGCGACCAGGUGGCAUGCGAUGCGACCAGGUGGCAUGCGAUGCGACCAGGUGGCAUGCGAUGCGACCAGGUGGCAUGCGAUGCGACCAGGUGGCAUGCGAUGCGACCAGGUGGCAUGCGAUGCGACCAGGUGGCAUGCGAUGCGACCAGGUGGCAUGCGAUGCGACCAGGUGGCAUGCGAUGCGACCAGGUGGCAUGCGAUGCGACCAGGUGGCAUGCGAUGCGACCAGGUGGCAUGCGAUGCGACCAGGUGGCAUGCGAUGCGACCAGGUGGCAUGCGAUGCGACCAGGUGGCAUGCGAUGCGACCAGGUGGCAUGCGAUGCGACCAGGUGGCAUGCGAUGCGACCAGGUGGCAUGCGAUGCGACCAGGUGGCAUGCGAUGCGACCAGGUGGCAUGCGAUGCGACCAGGUGGCAUGCGAUGCGACCAGGUGGCAUGCGAUGCGACCAGGUGGCAUGCGAUGCGACCAGGUGGCAUGCGAUGCGACCAGGUGCAUGCGAUGCGACCAGGUGCAUGCGAUGCGACCAGGUGGCAUGCGAUGCAACCAGGUGGCAUGGCACAGCAUCAGAAGUGAGUGGGUGCAGCUGCACCCGCUGUUCUUCCCUUUCCUGCCCAACCAACUCCUGGGUGCUCUACCCGCUCCCCACCCCACUUCCUCUCUCUCCCAGCACGCCCCUCGCCUCCGACCAGCUGGCAUGGCACAGCAUGAGGAGCGAGUGGAUGCAGCUGCAGCUGCUGCUCUCGUCGCCCUUCACGACGGUGUCAGCGAGAGUGCUGCAUCUGGUGUCGGGGGGGGAUGAUGGCCCAACCAGCAUCGUCACAGAGUGCAACCGCCUCUAUGUGUGGUGCAGGUGCAUUGAUCAGCUGCCAGAGGUGGUGGAUGAGCAAGCCUCUUUGCACCUCAUGUGCUACUAUCGACCGCAGAUGACGCAGGUGUUUCGCCAGGUGCUUUUCUCCCCUCAUGGCACGCCAUCGCACGCUGUAGGCUGGCUGAUGGUGGCUCAAGCCUUCCUGCACAACCUGCCACUCUCCCUGCCAGAUGAGCGUCCCACACUCCUGCCAACAGCAGUGCAGUUUGCCGACUCGCUGCUCCAUGCCAUCACGGGGGGAGUGGACUCGCUUUUCUCUGCACUACAGUCGGACCAGGGGCUGACCGGGCUACACAUUAAGACGCUACCAGCAGCAGCAGCUGUCCUACUGGCAACCACCACUCAAGGCACCGUCGCUGGCCACCAGGCAAACACGCAUCCCUCAGCAGAUCAGCAGCACCAGCUGCUGCUGCAGCUGCUCCCAGGGAGUGAAAGCCAGCCGCACAACCGAGCACACGUUGCCGGCAUAAGCGCAUCACUGCACAAGCUAGUGGGGCUCAUAUCAGCCAUUGACGGCCUGCCACCUGUCCGAGUCGCCGACCAUGCGUUUGUGCCCAGAGAGUACCUGCGGGAGCGCCUCACCCGCCACCUGCACCACAGCCUGCGCUCCGCCAUUCUCCCCAACGGCCACCUGCAGCGCCCCUCCGCAUUUGAGUCCUGCACAACCUCUGACCUUUCCACUACCCCCUCCCUCUCCCCUUUCGCCUCCCUCUCCUCUUCCCCCUCCCUCUCCCCUACAACCCCUUCUUAUCAACAGUACCUGCGGGAGCGCCUCACCCGCCACCUGCACCACCGCCUGCGCUCCGCCAUUCUCCCCAACGGCCACCUGCAGCGCCCCUCCGCCUUCGAGUCCUCCCUCACUCGCUUCCUCCUCCUCCUCCUGCUCCUGCAGCAGCACUGCUCUCUCGACCUCUCUCGAACCAUCCGGGAGGUUCUUCUGGGGGAGGCCUUUCCUAGGAGGGACAGGGGGAAGGGGGAGGAGAUGGAGGAAGGGGAAAGGGCAGGGAGAGGAGAGGGGAGACAUGGGGAGGAGGUUUAUGAGGAGCAGGUUAUGGGGGGGUGCAGGGACUUGCACCCACUGUAUCGGCCUGAGUGGGAGAGAGAGAAGAUUGGGGGAAUGGGGAGGGGAGGUGGGGGAAGGGGGAAGACGGGAGAGGGAGGAGUAGGAGUGGGAGAGGGAGGAGCGUGGGAUGGAGACGGGGAGAAGAGAGGAGGGAUGGAGAGAGGAGGGGAGGAUAGUGGAGGGUUGGAGAGAAUAGGGGAAGAGAGAGGAUGGGAGGAGCGAGGAGGGGUGCAUGGCAAGGCAGUGUCGAGCUCACUAGAUGCUAGGCUGAGGAAGAGUGGCGGAUGGAAAGGACGAUGGUCCGUGGGUUCCAAACAAGGCAAAGGCACGAGCAUGGGGAUAGAUUUGGGAACAGGUAUGGGAACAGGUAUGGGAACAGGUAUGGGAACAGGUAUGGAGGAGAGUUGCAUAGAAGAGGAGGGUCUAGAAGCGAGAGGUGGUGGGAAUGGGGUGGUUGGAGGGCAAGGGGAAGCUUCUGGGCAAGUGCAGGAGGGAGGAAGAAAGGGUGGGUUAGGGUGGAGUGAAGAUGGGGUUGUUGGUGGUGAGAGCUUUGACGGGCCGAGUGCGGCUGUGAUUAUAGCGCGAUGGUACGUUGACAAUGUGGUGUGUGACUGUAAUGAGGCUGGGGUGCUGUUCUCCCCGUUUGACGCCACCUUUAGAAGCACAGCAUGGGGGGGACGUGUAGCAUCACCAUCAUUACCACCAGACGCAGCAGCAGAAGGAGGAGGAGGAAAAGCAGGAGAAGGGGUAGGAACCAGCAGCAGCAGUCCAGUCAAACUCGGAACAGGAAGUCUCCCACCUGGUCAUCUCACUCCCCCUGUGGCCUCCUCUCCUGCACUCGUCCCAGGAGCAGCAGCUGCAGCAGGCGCGUUCAGCCCCCUCCUGCCCUUCCCCAGCCCCAGUCCUUCCCUCGCUACUCCGCCCACUUCCUCCUCCAUCUCCUCCUCCUCCGCCUCCUCCUCUGCCUCCACAUUUCCAUCCUCCUCUGCUGCAUCCCCGUUCACUACGGCGUCCCCUCAGGCUGGUGUCUCUGUGGCUUCGAUCCCCGCCUCCUCCCCCAUCUCCCCAAUCCUCGCCUCACCCAAUUCAUUUCCCCCUGGUGCGGCGUCUGCUGCUGCAGGGGGGGGAAUAGGAGCAGAAGCAGGAGCAGGCGGAGCAGGGGGAGGAGGGGGAGCGGGUGGAUUUGUGGCUCGGCCAGUGAUUGCUGAGCUGGUGGCGGAUGGUGCUGAGCUGGCUGCGUUUGUGAGGCUGUUUGGAUUCUACGGGGCGGAUGAGCUGGCAGGGCGGGUGGUGCGCCCCGUGUUGCUGCGCCUGCUGAGUCGCCUGGAAGCCAUUCUGAGGGCCAACCGGGAUUCCCUAAUGAUGCUCGCAUCCAAGAUGCACCUCUCUCCUCCCUUGCAGGUGAGUUGUUGA